AUGGGAGAAGACAUUAAUGUUGAUGUUCUUAUCCAGACCUUAGAGUCAAAGUCAGCGUCACAAGAAGAAAAGAAUGAAGUAUAUCUUCAAUUAGCCAACCAGUUAAGAGAGGACAGCCUAAGUCUAGUGAGCCUUGAUGUUACUAAGAAUUCGCGGCAGUUCUGUGAGGUCCUGAAAAUGGACUUGCAACACAACCACAUCACUGCUAACGGACUUCAGAUCCUGGGCUUUUGUCUACAUGACAAGGAGGCUGUCGGAAAUUUGUCUGCAGACAUGUGUAGAAGUAUAUUAUCCUUACUGUGUGACUGUGUAGAGAAAACUGAGGAUAAAAAUCUUUGUGCCAAAUCCCUCUGGUGCCUUCAUCAGCAAAACAUUCCUAAAGAUAUUGUCAGUCAACAAGUGGAGUCAGUAUUGUCAGCAGUGGAACAAGCACUCCUGAGGUGGAAAAUGCAGUCAUCUGUUGUGGAACACGAAGCCUCACAAAUCAUUUACAGGUUAUUAAAGGAUUAUCGGCGGGAGAUGGAUGAUCACAUUGUGAGGUGGGGGAAGCUGCUGCUCCCACUAAUGGCCCACAAGGCCCCCAAAAUACACCAGUCAGCUCUAGAGGUUGUGAAGACAGAGUUACCUGCCCUUCUCUCUCAUCAGAAGGAGUUGGUACAGGCUCUAAUUCCAGAGUUUAAACUGAGAAUUGGUUCUGAGUUGAAGGGAUUCUUUACAUGUCAACAAGAAGUGCAUGCUUUGGAAUGCUGGGAAAUUUUUGUACAGAUUUGUGGAAAGGAACUUCAUCAUGGGAGUUUUAUCAACAUGCUUUUGCCAAUCAUGGAGCUGGCAUUUAAAGGUUCUAAUGAGGUCAAAGUUCGUGCUUUCCAAGCCUGGCAGGUUCUGAUUGACAACUUCGCUACAAGCCAUGAGAUUCUAACUUGUCCCAAGAGAAUUAAACUGAUAAUGCAGGUGCUGAAGAUAAACAAUGCCAAGACAGAAACUGUUGCCAUGGCAAAAUUACAGGUGUGGUGGCAUUUUAUCUGGCUCCUAGGACCAAAAGCCCCGGCUAACUUCGAACAGGUGUGUUUGCCUCUUUUGCAUUUUUGUGUGGGAGGAUCCAAGAGUACUGCAGGUGGACUUGGUACACCAAGAGCUCUUCCAAAUGGUACGAGUCCCAAGACUCCUAGGAUGAACUUGAGUGGAGGAAGUACGAUGGGGUCAACCUAUCCCAAGAUUCCCUGUCUCCAGCUGAGAGGGUGUGAGGUGCUGGCACAUCUUCUGGGGCGUGUGCCUGAAGAUAUCGAUAUACCCAAGUUCUCUUUCUCUUUAGAUCCUCUGACACAUGACCUGAUUACUGGGCCUGGAUUUUUUGUCAAGCAGUCUAAUGUAUUUGUUCACUGUGCUGCAGAGCUUAUUUGUGAUAUAGGUUCACAAAUUCCAGAAGGUCUACUGUUACACAUCUGGUUUUCUUUGAUUGCACACAUGAGGAAUGGUCUGGAAAGUGGGUCAAGGUCAGAGAUGAAGGACGCCUUCACUGUAUUCCUGACCCAGUUUCAGGUCAUAGUUUUGAGUGGAGCUCUAGAGCCUAAGCUAAUCCUGAAACUGUUCAAUGCAGUGUGUUGUUUACCGAGUAAAGCUCUGAAUUCGACAGCUUACAAUGUGAACUGUGGAGAAAAGCUACAUGGUACACCUGCACUCUUCCUGAUGCAGUUACUGUUGACUCCUACUCUACUGAAAGACUGUUCAUCACUGGAAAGCUAUAAUACUCUAUACAGUAAGCUUGUAAACAUUGGUAUUGGUGGACCAGGAUCGCUCGAGUUCGCUCAAUCUGUGCUACAUCUGCUGGACAUUAAUACCGAGUUUAUUGAGGGAGCGGAGUCGCUGUGGAGAUUUUGGAGUACUGUUGUGAACCCACUCCAGGAGUUCAUUGUUAAGACAGGGGAGGUAAACCAGGGUGAUGCUUUGGAACACAAUUUCAGUUGUCUAUAUGCCGUCCUGCUUUUCCCCAUUAAACAUCAGCUCCCAGAGAAGAUACCUCAGGUAUCAGUGAAAACUCUACAGAAAACCUGGACUGAGGUCUACCAAACGUUUGCCCGUUUAUCUGCCCUUGUUACGAAUGCAGAGGCUAACAUAAGUUGUGAGGAUCUUUGUCACCAAAUCAACAAGAGUCUGAAAGAUGAAGAAUCCCUUAGCCUCCAAAUGCUAGACUUUCUGUCACAUGCAUCUCAAACAAUAAUCAAUACUGUUGAUUUUUCCUCGCUGGGAUCAAGUAGCGCUUUUAAUAUUGGUGCUAUGCAGGUCAGUCCAGCAAAGUGGACAAAGAAGAAGCAUAAACCGAUGGAGAAUCUCCAUUCUCUGGCUGUCCUCAUAAAACACCUACUGGAGGCACUGAAUACACAUAUCAAAAGUGGGGAGAAGAAGGAAGCAUCAAAUUCUUCGUCUCCUCAGGGACCAGCCAAUGCAUUAACAGAUUGUCUGUGUACAAUGUUUACACAUCUCACAUCAUCCAGUGUGUUAGUGGCUGUGAUUGGUCACUUAUCUCAACCAAUCGGAGACUUGAUUCAGGAAUCCAUCAAGAAGACAUGUGCCAAAUUGUUCAAUAAUAACUUCAUGCAAAAGUUGGAGAAACUAUGGAAUGACAUCUGUACAUCACUGCAGAAUCGUUAUUUGGGGACAUACGACUCUGACUUCCUGUCCAAGUUGUCUCCGUUAUUAGAGGCCACAUUCCUACAUCCACGUCGUACCAUUAAGAACCAGACAGCCUUGUUUUGGAGUGCCACUUUUGGCCGUGCACCUCAGCUGCUGUACCCAGAGGCCCUCAGGCCAGUUCUAGCAAAGAUCAAGGAAAAAUCAUCAAUUCUGCUACCAGGCUGGGUGUCUAUACCUGUCACUGUAGUAGAGGAAACACCAGUUAGUCAGAUGAGCCAGCCAGACUCCCAGGCACCUGAGCCUUUUAUACCAGGCAUGCCGUCACCCAGAAAAAUCCAUGGCAGCUUUCUAAACAAGGCAGUGUCUCCAAACAUAAAAAACUCUCCUGCACGCCAUACAGAAAAAGUAACUAGGUCACCUGGCGCUGCCAGAAAAAAUCUGUCUAUAAAUGAUCUACAGAAAGAGGAUUUUGUUGUGAUUAAAUCACCACCCAAGAAGAAGAGAAUUUUAACAGAACACCAAAAAGAGGUCUUAAAAGAGAAAAAGGUAAUCCCCACCAUGUAUAAUACAUUGGAUCAUUCCCAGGACGUAUCCCUGAUGUUUGGUGCCGAGUCCCAGUUUGGAUCAGACACUCAAUCUGAGCCACAGACACCAGAUUCACUGAAUGUGAUUGACUCGAGUUUAUCCCAGUACACAUCACAGAGGAAGGAUAGACCCACCAAAGGGAGAACCACUAGAAAAUCUUCAUCAGAAGCUAGCGACAGGGAGGACUCCCAGAAUUCAAAGAAGGAGCUGGGGGUCGGAAAAAGGAGACGUUCUGUCCGGUUCAAGGAGACUGCAGAGGAAGUUGGUCAGGGUGGAGAGGUGGAAAAGAAGUCUGCUCAAGUGGAGGCGGACCGUGGAGAGACGAGUGUGGAGAAAUCUCAGGAGAUAGGUGUCAGACGUACGACAGCUGAGAAGUCACAAAGCCAGGAGAUAGGUGUCAGACGUACGACAGCCGAGAAGUCACAAAGCCAGGAGGAGUUUGAAGCACACUGGGAUCAAACUUUAUCGAAAAUGAUGGAUGAAGUUGAUAAAAUGGAGAAGAACAGUAUAGAACAUUUCAGUGUCAUUAAGGAUACAAUCAGCAGCUCACAGGAGCAGAAAGAUUACUCUAAUGAUAGUAAUUCUACUGAUUCUCAGAAUCUCUCAUCAGGGAAUAGCUCCCAGUCACAGCAAGCAGUCAGGGAGUCAGUCAAGAAAAUGAGUGAUUUAUCUCAAACUAAAGCUAGCAGCAGUGGUAAUGAUGAAUCAGCUAUUACAAAAGCUAGUGACUGUGGUAGUAAUGAAAAGGAAACUGGAUCCUCCAAAUCAUCAUUUGGGUCCACAGGGUAUGUGGCUCCUGAGAAUGUGAUGGAAGCAGUAGAAAUGGAGUGCCUUACCUACAAGUCUACUUCAUCUAGUGGUGCAGACAAGUCCUCAGAAAAUGGAGGGAAAAAAGAUGGAGAGAUGGAGACUUCUCAAUCCCUGUUGAUGUGGACCAAUCAGUUGAAAGAAAUAUCACCAGCGAAAGUCAAUUCCCCACUGAAAAAACUGAGUCAGGAGAGCAGUGGAAGUUCAUCCUCGAGGUCAACCAAGCAUUUUGCUUCUCCAGCUAAAAGAGGAAGGACUAAAGCCUUGGAAAAAUCUAGCAAAGGAUCUCAUAAAAUUGACGAAUGGUUGAUCAAGUCUCCAGAGAAAAGUUCACAAGAGAGUGGUAUAUCCUCCCAGGGGUCAGAUAAGUCCUCAGGGACCUCAUCAAGCAGCAGCCAGCCAUUGGAGGUGACAGUGGUGGAGGAGACACAGUCGCCAAAGAGCAUGAAGACGAGAGUGUCACCCAACUCGGUGCCCAUUCAAGAAACUCCACCACCACCUGCCAACAAAGAGCCAGCAAAGUUUGGCAAUACUAGGGGAAGCACCAGAAAGCUGUUUACAAAAGGAAUGAAGGAGAGCUCAAGUAUGGAUCUGUGUGAGGAUUCAAAUAUCAUACCAGGUUCUCCUGAGUCUAAAUCCAGUUCUCUCCCACUCCGAAUAGGAACUCCCGUGCUGAAACUGAAAAGACUGACAGAGGAUGAAAUAAAACAUUUCAGCCCUCGUAAAGGGGAUGUGGGUUUUGGUACUCCAAGAGAGGAAAGAAGUUCACAGGGUAGUGCUGUUGGAGUGCAUUCAGAGGACUCCAACCAUGAGCAUGAUGACUUCUCAGAUGUUUUACCAUUGGAACAGGUUCCCAUGUUGUCUUCUCAGGGAUUUGAAACCCAGGCUGACAGAAAAACUAGUGUAGACCAGGCAGACAACACACUGAUGACGAAUACAUGUACUGAGAAUUUGUUUUCUCAGAAUGAGAAUAAUUCUCAGGAGAAUAAAGAUUACAACCCCAAGCUACAUUCAACCUUCCAGCCCAACGGUGAGGGAAAAGAUGUACUGGGAACAGAGAAUCUGAAGUCGAGUCAAGAAUCAGAAAAUUCAGAGUUUGGCAGUGAGAAGGGGUCACAGUCUGAGGACCUUAAAGCAAUGGAAUCGGCAGCUACUUAUGAUCCAAAGGUGGAAUCAACAAUGGCUCAAGACACGCCAAGAAGAGGAAGGAAACGGAAACAGGAGACUCCUAAAAAGCUUUCACCAGAGAGCAGUCGACCCAAGAGGACACGAAAAGGCAAGGGGGAGGAUAAGACACCUCGAGGAAAAGCUGGGGAGAGUAAGAAAGGGAAACAGAAAGUAGACUCACAGGGAACAGCUGGAGACGAGAAAGAGAAAGUAGAGUCCAGUAGUGAAAAAAAAUCCGCCAGUAUUGAGAGUACAUCUUCUGAACAGGUUAAUGAUGAGAACUUGAGUCUAGAAAAAUUUACAGGAAAGGUCAGUCAGAAUACAGAAAAUAAUACUGAAAAAGAAAAUUACUCUACAUCUGAUGAGCGACAGUUGGACUCGGAAGGAUUAUUUUUGGAAAAGUCGCAAGAAAAGGUUACCAAGAACCCACCUAGUCAAAAGUUUGAUGAGGAGGAAAAACUUGAAAGCCUUGAGGUUAUAACUGCAAAGGAAAAAGGAGAGAAGACUCCAACUAGUAGAAGUACUGCAGAGGUUCCACAGAGGAAGAGCACAACCAAAAAGAAGAUGGAAGCUGCCAAGAAAAGAUCCAAGAAAAAGGUGAAGGGUGGAGAAAAAGUAAUGUCAGAUAGUUCUGAAGAUGAUAUGCCAUUGGCACAGACUUUGAAAGAGUCGACCAAGUCUAAAAGUAAACUGGAGAGCAAGAUAGACAAGACAACUGAGCAAGAGGAGUUGGGACAGAUAAAGGAAGAAGACAACAUGGAAGGGAGGAAGAGUUCAGACAGUUCUGAUGAUAACGUGCCUCUGAAUAGUCUUUGUGGUAAUGCAGAAGUUGUGGGUAUGAGUCAAGAGGAGAGAGAAGAAGCAGGCAGUGUGCCACCAGAUGGUCAGAAAGAGAACCCUGGAGCUGAUGUAGGAGAUCAAAAAAUGGUGGCCACCAGUAAUGAAGUGUGUAAAAAAGUCACAGAGGAAAAGGGAUCUGGCAGUGAUGGAAAAGCAAGAAAAAUGACCAGGCAAAAAUUUAUGCCCGCCAAAACUUCUCCCUUGUCCAACAGAUUGAGGUCAUCACAGGGGACCUUGAGGAGUGGUAAACCCACCCGGCGAUCCCUGUCUCCCGGGAAGAGUCCAAAGCAGCUCUCAUUGAAGAAAUCAACGAAGCGGAAAAGUCUGGACCCAAAUCUACUGUCUGUUGUUAUUGAAGAUUCUGAGGAACCCACCCCUAUGUCCGAGAAACCUGUGGAUGAACUGGAAAAGAAGGAAAAUACAAAUGUCUCUGAAACUGAACCAUUAAAGGAAAAGGAGCAGAUGGCAGAGAAAGAGAGAGAUACAGAGAAGGACAUACUGGAUAUGUUAAAUGAACCAAAGAUAGAGGAGACCCCUGUAAAGAUUGCUGAGGAUAAGACGGAUGGAGGAGAUUUUGCAAUGUUUGAGAGGAACACAGAUAGCAAGCUUGUGGUAGUACCCAGAAAGUUUGAGAAGAGAACUAUUGCUAGAAGAAGUAUUCUAAAAGCAACAAGUCCUUCUGCAAAUUUAACCAAAUUUUCCCCUCUGAGGAAGCCAGCUCCUUUUCAUCCAAUCAAACUGGGACAGAUAUUUGCACCAUCUGCCUCGCCUAGUGCCAGCAUACUGAAGAGAAGAAGAUUGAGUGGAGAAAUUCCUAGAAAUUCACCCUCACCCCCAAGUAAGAAGAAGCAGAGAAGAGUGUCAUUUGCUGACCCUGUGACCUUUACUGGUGACCCUGUGACAUUGACUGGUACCCCUCUCUCUCUAGCAGCCUCAACUCCUGUCAUUAACACAGAGCCCACAGUGAGUAGUUCUGCACUGGUCCACUCAUCACCAGCUGUAUCGACCAGCAGUGAACCGAGUCAGACACAGGACUCUAUAGAGCCUUCGACCCUGGGUAGUUAUGUCAGUGUAACAGAGUCCCAGAUCACAACAGAAGCCAUUUACCCCGAGCUUGUGGACUGUUCACAAACUGUGGACCGAGUCCUGCCUCAACUGACCACCUCCAUGUGGUCACGGGGUCUUGGACAGCUGGUUAAAGCCAGAAACAUCCACACGAUUGGCGACUUGUCCCGCUUGUCAGAAAAAGAAAUUGACAAUCUACCAAUCAGGUCCCCAAAAGUUUCAACAGUAAGAAAAGUACUCAGUGUAUUUGAAAGUCAGAACAGCAACAAGAAGCCCAAAGCCAGUAUAGAGGACACAAAAGAUAGUAAUGACAGUACCAGUGUGUCACACAGCAGUACUAAGAAUGAUGAUGAGGUGGAGGUGCUGCCCUCUAUGGAGGCAGAACUCUGUGAAUUAUCUCCCAUUAUGAAAAACGUCAAUGAAGACUUGAACAGAAGCAUAGCUGAUGAGAUGAACGCCUCGGAAGAUCUGCUGGAGAAAGUGAACAUGUUGGUAUCUGCUGACGGGGAGGACUCCGUGGGCUUUGUCCCAAGUUUAAGAACCCCGGAGCCUCUGGAGGAACAAGUAUCUGAUAAAUCAAAGUCCUCCAUCCCUGAGUAUCUUGAUCAAUUGACAGCAUUGCUGACGGUUGAUUCACUGAAGUCCUUAAGAACAGGUGAACUAUUCGAUGCGCAUGAGAAACUUCUAAGUCUGGCCAAUAAUGUUGCCACAGCGAUGAAGAACAGAAUUUGUAUUGUGACUGUAUCAGAAUGGCACCCAAUCAUCAGAGAAGGGAAGACGGUGUCAAAGAUCAAUUUUGAAGUUGAUGGGAUGAACCGACUGGACAAUAAAAUAUCUGGAAAGGGAAAGAGAGGAGCACAACUCUUGACUCCUUCCUCUCCACUCUGUGAGGUCACUUGUACUGAUGAAUCUAAGUAUACUGUUAUAUGUGGAGUUAGGGCACAGCUUAUUGAAGCCAAUGAAAAUCUAGUCAAGUCACCACAAUUAUUGACACAAAAGCCACAAACAGAAGGAUAUAUUGCAAUUGUCCUCCCAAAAUUAGGAGAUUUUGAGUCUGCAACAAAGAAUUUACUGUCCAAGGAGGAGUAUAUGAAAAUACGUUUCUCAGGAACUUGAAGUGAUGCAACCUCAAGAAAAUCAAUGCAUUGUUUUUGUCAAAUGACUGUUAUCAUUGCAACUUAUACUUAAAGGUGUACUUCUUUUAAUUUUCUUACAGUGUGUAACCAUUAAAAAUGUUUCACAAAA